CUUCCAUAUCGCAUAGAGGACUUUCGUUUGGUUUUUCCUGUGUCUGUCCCUUCCCUCUUCUUUUAUUCUUAUCGACGCCCUCCGAAUUUUCAUUCUUUUUGGAAUCCGAAUUGCGAUUUGCACUCCAUCAACAUGUCUGAGAGACAAUCGUCUGUAGACCCCUCUGCUAUGAUGACCAGCAGCGCGGAUCGUAUGGUUGGCGAUGACCAUGCCGAAGUGCGCUACUUCACUAGGUACGAUCACCAUGGCAUUCACGAGGAAAUGCUUAAAGAUGACGUUCGCACGAGAUCGUACCGUGACUCUAUCUACCAGAACCGCCACGUUUUCAAGGAUAAGGUUGUUCUUGAUGUCGGGUGCGGAACCGGUAUUCUCAGCAUGUUCGCUGCUAAGGCUGGUGCUAAACACGUAAUUGGUGUCGAUAUGUCGUCAAUCAUCGAAAAGGCUCGCGAGAUCGUCGAAGUCAACGGCCUGACCAGCAAGAUCACCCUUCUUCAGGGAAAGAUGGAGGAAGUUGAACUCCCCUUCCCCAAGGUCGACAUUAUCAUCUCUGAGUGGAUGGGAUACUUCCUUCUCUAUGAAAGCAUGUUGGACACUGUCCUCUAUGCGCGCGACAGGUACCUUAACCCCGGAGGCAAGAUCUUCCCUGACAAGGCUACCAUGUACGUGGCUGCUAUCGAGGACGGUGAAUACAAGGACGACAAGAUUGGAUUUUGGGACAACGUGUGGGGAUUUGACUACAGCCCCAUGAAGGACAUUGCCCUUACAGAGCCUCUCGUCGAUACCGUCGAGCUCAAGGCUGUUGUCAGCGACCCUUGCCCGAUCAUCACUCUCGAUCUUUACACGGUCCAGUCCUCGGACCUCGCUUUCAAGGCUCCCUUCUCGCUUCCUGCCAAGCGCAACGACUUUGUCCACGCCCUGAUUGCUUGGUUCGACAUUGACUUUACCGCAUGCCACAAGCCCAUCAGCUUUUCCACUGGCCCUCAUGCCAGGUACACCCACUGGAAGCAGACUGUCUUCUAUUUGCGUGAUGUCCUUACCAUGGAGGAGGGAGAAGUUCUCACCGGUGUGAUUGAGAACAAGCCCAACGACAAGAACAAGCGUGACCUCGAUAUCGGCAUCAAUUACAAAUUCGAAACCACGGACCCUUUGCGUUACGCCGAGAACGGCUGCUUCUUCCGGAUGUGUUAAAUUUCUUUCUUCGAUAUCACGUUCUGCAAAUCUCUUUCGGUAAUUUCUUCUGCCUGUGGCAUAGCAUAUCGACGAUCUGGCAGCAAAUGCGCAUGGUCGAUAUGAACGACAUAGUGUAAACAGAGGUUCCAUUGGGGUGAACAAUAAUGAUCGAUUGGGGGGUUUUUUUUUAUGUCGGCGUUUUUAAUUUGAGUUAUUGGAAGGAAAGGGAACUGCAUCAUUGUUUGGCGCGAUACGGACAGAGACGAUUAUGAAGCUCCUCGAAUUUCCUAAAGUAGAUACCCCGUCCGAGUCGAUGCUCAGUCUAGCCACCUCCGACGUUAUUCAUAGAUUGUUUAGGCUUUUUAAUGAGAUCCCACUUACAACUGUG